AAUGAUGGUGCGCACUACUACCCAUGCCCGGUCCCCUCUUGUGAUUAUAAUAGUGAGAGUCGUUCGGCAAGGAACUAUCAUCUAAGAGUAGACCAUGCUGGAUACUCAUAUCAGAAUGCUACACAAGGAGCACCUGAUGUCAGCUCGUCAUCAGCUAAUCAAGAGGCUACCAGUGCUUAUGGAGUGCAAAAGGGCCCAUCCGGUGCUAAAGCAUCUAGACCGCGAGCAUCAGUAAAAUUUGAUGGUACAGACGAAAUGUCUGCUGAUGUUCCCCGAGAUUCCCGAUCACAGCUGGAUGCUAUGCACAGUUAUCAAGUCGCAUCCAGCGAUGCGUAUUCGGAAACGGACGCGGAUUGUGAUCUCGAUGUGGAAGAUGAAGACUACGAACUGACGCAGUACAAACGUGAUGAGGCCUACACUGAGAUGAAGUAUGACAACGACUUCCGUCCGGCUCCCCACAUGACUAGGAAAAGAGGCCGGCCUAGAAAUCCACCGGGCACAGAACCUGCUGAAAACUCAAAAGUGCGUGUAUGUAGUGACCCGAACGGGAAAUAUCGAUGUUAUAUGCCGGACUGUGAUUGGAGAGGAGCGUAUCGAUCACUACGAUGUGACCAUAUGAAGUGGUGCCAUAAGGAUUGGGUGAUGCCUCCACGCUAUAUACUACAGGGUGGUUAUGUUCCGGAUGGGAAAUACGUUUGCCAUGUGCCUCAAUGUCCAUGGCGCGGCAUAUCGCGAUCAACCCGAGCGAGUCAUAUGAGGAAAGUUCACGGCGGAUUCAGCAAUCCUGGCUAUUCCACAAGACAGGUAGCGUGUUGUGAUUGCUCAGCUAGUUUUGGUUCACACAAGGCCUUUGUUGAUCACAUGAUUACUGCACAUCGUGUUGGCGGUCUAGUUCAUCGUGAUUUUAAUGACAUCAGCGAGUACGAAGAGUGGUUCAACUCUGUUCAAGACGUGUUCUCCGUCACUUAUGUUAAACGAAUGGGAAUCAAGCAGGGCAAUGAAUAUCAGGUUCUUUACCUAUAUUGUGCUCGUAGCGGUGGAGCUCGUCCGAAGCAUAUACCUGGUCGGGAUUAUUUUCCCGAAUUCACAAAACGUCGUCUCACGCGACGUCCCACGAAAUGCGGUCGUAAUUGCGCAGCCUUCCUUCGAAUAAUUCAUUGGAUUGAUGGUCGCUUAACAGUCAUAGGAUGUGUAGAACACACUGGUCAUCGCAUGGGUACGGCACUGUUGAGAUUGAGUUCCAAUGAACGAGUUGUUCUGGACGAAUACCUCUAUGUUGUGGACGAUAAAGUCCCACUGGAUGCUAAUGUGGAAGGCUUCACUAUGGACGGAUUUGAUGUUGCUGAACGGAGUAUUGAAGAUAUGACACGAUAUGUGAUGAAUGAGAAUGAGUUCAUUUCUCUCAAAGUGCUUUUUGAGACCUCGGCAUUCUUUGAGCCAGAGUCUACAUUCGCUGUCAAUCUGUUCGACAACGAAGGAAGGCCGCUUUCCGAAGGGAUAUCUUUCGGCAAGCUGAAUUUGAUGAUAAGUGAUUUCGAGCUUCACCUAUUUUUUGUGAUGGUAUUUGAUGCUGACGAUGAUAUGCCACGAUGUGCGUGCGUUCUCAUUUCGCAGAGUGGGGACAAGGUUGCUCUCCUCGACAAGUUGCGAUCAAUCGCCGAAUGGCAUUUGUUAUCCGAAUGGGCCACUAGAAUAGAUGAGAUGGUGUUAAAUCGAGUAGAUCGCUGUCGCCAGUCGGCUGCGUUGCCGGCAGCACACGGAUCCUACCUUGUUCGAAGAAUUGUAAUCGACAUAUUUGAAGCAUUUCGCGAAAUGGAGUUAAACUCACUGGCACAGCUGGUGGAUAAUCAGCUAACCGAUCCUGAUUUCGCAAAGCGGUGGACACCUCUCAACCGGAAUCCGCUUACGGACCACAGCAAUCCAGUUCUGGAAAUUUCAUGCAGGAUGUUCCGUGAACGCUUCCUCAACUGUGAAUUGUGUGCCCGAUUAGAUGAAUAUGCUGGACUUCUUGUCGAUAGGAUUGCAGAAUUCAAUUCCUUAACGUUUUCUGAGGUGUACACCUUGGCACCCAUUGAGCCUCCUCGCCAUGUUCCUCAAAUGUAUGAAGAUAUGUAA